CAGUCAGCCAUCGUCUCGACUCUCUUCUGACUGAGGGCCGAUUGAUAAUCAAGGUUUUGGAGAUCAAGAAAAGAUCAAUACGGAAUGGGUUUAGAGAGUCUAAGGGUUUACAGAAACCUAUUAAAAGCUGUGAAGAAACAUAUUGGUACUCAAGGUACUAAAAAACAUUUUACUGAUUACAUCACUCAAGAAUUCAGAAACACAUCAUCAUUAACAGAUCCAAAAUUAAUCAAACACAAGAUUAACCUAGCUUCAAAUUAUACUUAUAUGCUCAAUAGCAUUCACCAUCACCAGAACCUGCUCUUCUCUUACAACAUUGCUGUAGAUAGAUCCGAAGAAAUGACGAGGACACUAAGAAAAUCUGCGGGAAGUGUUGGUCUCCAGCUUCCCGAAGUCUAUCGAGCUUGACCUGUAAUGGGCCUCCAGUUCGUUUGCAGCCUGCACUGUUGGUUAGCUUAUGCUUCUCAAAGAAUGGGUAAGUUAGUUGUUUUGGUUUUCACUUGGAAUUAAUUAUGGGGAAUUUAUUAGCAUUUUUUCCCAAGAGCAAAAAAAAACACAUUUACAGAUCAAUCUAAGCUUUCUGUAUGUGACUGUUCUUUUUCCUAAUAUUGUUGUUCAUGAUUCAACGAAUAGUACAUACUAUUCUUUGCAGAGUUAUUUCUGUUUUGAUCAGUAUGUAUAAAUGCAGUCUGAAAGCAAAUAGUAUAGUAGAACCGAAUCGGUUUAAAUUCAGAAUGAAUAAAGAAUAUAUGUCUGUGUUUCAUUGUUUUA